GUAACAUUUCGCAAAUAUGUUUACUAUUUACAUCGAACAAAUAUUUCGUAUUUAUGAUUCUUAAUUAUUUUUCAAUGACGAAGUAUUCUAAUAUUAAGUUACUAAAAUAUGAAAUUUAAACGGGGUUACUAUGAUGUUUUCCUGAGAACUUGUGCCAAAAGUCCGUCUAGUAUCGCGGUGAGACAUUAUGAAAACGGCGUCUACAGAAGCUACACGUACUCCGAGUUGUAUGGAGUAUGUGAAUAUAUAUCGCAAAAUCUUCAACAAAUUAAAUGUAAUAAAGGCAUAAUUGGAUUAAUAUCUAAAAGAAACAUCAUCAUACCAUCUGUUAUAGCUGCGGCUCACAAAUGCUGUACUACAUUCAUGUUUUUGGACCCCACACAGGAUAUAGAAAGCGUAGCUAAUGAUAUGAAAUUUAGAGUUGUCAUUUAUAUAACAAAUAAGGAAAAGGCUUUGAAAAGCGAGUUCUUUAAUAAAAAGCCAGAUAAAACUGUGACAAUUUUCAAUUUGUUUGUGUAUUUCUAUAAUUUUGAACAUCUAAAUAGUGCUAUAUGUAUACCUGAAUAUUCAUUCAUAGCCAUGACAUCGGGCAGUACUGGAGAACCAAAACACAUUCAAGUUCCUGUGCAAUGUAUUCAACCAAAUGUAGAUGAUCUAACUAAAUUGUUUAAUAUUACAUCCAAUGAUGUAAUAUAUUUCUCUACACCUCUUACAUUUGACCCUUCUAUGAUAGAGAUAUUAAUUGCCUGUUUGAAUGGAGCCUCUCUUCUAAUCGCACCUGAAAAAGCAGAAAUAUUAUUUCCUGAAAAUAGAGAAAAUUCUGUGACAUUCUGGCAGCUUACACCAUCAAGGUUUUUUCAGUAUUCCAAUGCUGAUAUCAGGAAUAAAAUAUUAAGUCCUACUUCAACAUUAAAAAUAUUGGCCCUGGGUGGGGAGCCCUUAAAUGGAGUUAAAAGACUAAAGGAACUGAAAGAUGCAAACAAUAAAACAAGAAUUUAUACUUUGUAUGGAGUAACAGAAAUGUCAUGUUGGGCCUGUGUGGCUGAAUUAGACCUUAGUAGAAUGUUAUCUGAUAAAGAAAUACCUUUGGGUAAUUGCCUAUCUGAAACAGAAUUGCAUGUGGAACCAAAUGUUGAUAAUAAAGAAUCUGGAAAAAUAGUAUUAAUAAGCAAAACGAGAAAGUGUAUUAUUUUAAAUAAAUCAAAUGGAAAUGAAGAAGAAAGUUCCCUAAAAUUCAUUGACACUGGUGAUUUGGCUGAAGUAAAAAAUGGUAAUGUAUAUUAUAGAGGACGCAAAGAUGAUAUUAUUAAAAGAUUUGGACACAAAAUUAAUUUACAGUACAUCGAAUCAAGUGUAAUGCAAUGUCCAAGAGUGAAAACAAGCUCUUGUAUCUGGCUACCUAAACCAUCACUUUUAGUUGUGUAUUUCUCAUCAGAAACACUUAGCAGCCAAGAAUUGUCAGACUUUCUAAAAUGUAAGCUUGAUGAUAAGCACUGGCCAGAUAAAAUCAUUAGAGCUGACAAUUUACCCACAAAUCCACAUGGAAAAAUGUCUAAAUUGCUACUAUCUAAGAUGUAUGAGGAAACAGUGAAUAUGCCACUAACAUUAGAUUCAUUAAGAGUUAGUUUUUUGAAGGAACUCCAAAUUAUAAUGAGUAAAGUAAACUUGACUUAUGAAGAAAUAAAAGACAAAGAUUUUUUUUCUAUUGGUGGCACAUCAUUUCUGGCCGUGUCCAUGUGUAACAAGCUGUCUCUCAGCUGUCCAAAAUUGGGCAAUCUAAUUCUACCUUACUUGGUGUCUCAAAAAACUACCAUUGAUGAUAUCUUACAAUUGGUACAUAAAGAAACAUGUGAUAGUGAAAUAAAAGUUAAGAAAAAAAUUAAAAGGACAUACUCAGAUGCUCAUAGUUGUACACAGAGUCAGUCUUACAAGAGGUCUAACACUGAAAGUUCAACAAAUCUUAUAGAAUUCAUACUAUUAUGGACCAGUGAUACUGGGAAAUGUGUUGAUGCCUCUCCAUUAUUAUUUCAAAUAGGAUUCAAUUUAUAUGCGAUAGUCGGGAGUCAUUCUGGCAAAAUCGUAGUUGUAGAUGCAAUAUCUGGAAUAUUGCAGGGCACAUUAAUAGUAAAUUCGCGGAUUGAAGCAUCCGUAUUCUGUUACCACAAGAAAGAAAUGUCACCGUGCGCCGUGGUUGGCGCACAUGACGGUACCGUGCUAUGCUUUGCAUUGGAAACAUGCAACGAAAUCUGGAGGAUUAAUAUUGGGUCCAUGAUAAAAAGCAAAGCAACAUGUUGUAAUGAUUUAUUCUAUAUUGCUUCCUAUGAUGGAAGAAUUAGGUGUAUUGAUGUAAUGACUGGAGAAAUCAAGGAAACUAUUCAUAUUGCAGAUCAGGGGAUAUCAGCCAACUUAGUUCUAGCUAAAAAUAAGUAUGUGCUUCUUGGCACCCUGUCUGGUGUCUGCGCAAGUAUUCAUACAAUCACAAAUACAGUAGCUUGGUGUGGAACUCUUGGCAGCCCAGUGUUUGCCAGUCCCAUACUAUAUGAUGAUGACAAAUAUGUGGUAUUUGCUGAAGUUAAUGGUGAUAUUCAUUGCAGAACGGUCGAGAAAGGUAUCAAGAUUUGGAAAUAUCAAGGAUCAAAAGGGAAUAUCUUUUCGUCACUUUAUGUAAAAGAAGUUGAUAAAUUAAAGUGGCAAAUGGUUUUUGGUUGUCAUGAUAGUAAUGUUUAUAGUAUUAAUAUUAAGAAUUUCCAGCCUAGCUUGCAUUGGAAAACACAGCUUACUUCACCUGUGUACUCCACACCUUGUGGCUUAAGUGAUAAAUUAAUACUAGCUGCUUCCAAUGAUGGGAAGAUCUGUGUUAUAGAUGGAGAGACAGGGAUGAUAUUAGCAGAUUAUCAACUGCCUGGUGAAACUUUCUCAUCUCCAGCAGUCUAUGGAGAUUACAUAUUCAUCGGUUGUAGGAAUGACCACCUUUACUCUUUGAAAUAUGUUUUAAACUUGUAAUUAAACUGUCUAGUUAAUUAUAAGAAAUUAAUAUAUGAUCACUGAUCUACUGAAAGAUGUUAUAAAUAUCACAAACAAAUGUUUGAUUAUGUAUUAAAUUUUAA